UGCAAAUGUAAAACUCAAUUACUUUUCACAACUCGACUCGUGCGGAAGGCACGCUGUGUUUUGUUUUGAGGGCGGGGAGAUGACAGCGGAGGCGUCCCGGGCGCCCAUUGGCUCGCAGCUCGCGGCUGCAGCGGAGCCCGCAGCUCCCGAGCAGCAUCGAUCCGGAGGGUGAACGUGGAGGGAGCCGCAGAGAGGGCUCCGGGCAUUUCUCAGAAGAGGGCAGCCUCUUCCAGGAAGAAAGUGGUGUCUGCUGGCUGCCCGGCCCGGAGGCCCUUCAGUGAACGAAACGGGGCACCACGCGAGGCGGUGCGCGGCAGCCGUGCUUCCGAGGCGAGGAGGACAGCGGAGCGCGGGAGAGAGGCGAGGGUCGCACCUUCCGAGCGGCGGGCUUGUGGCUUCCUGCAGCCGCCUGCUGCCCUCAGCUGUUUCCUGACCAGUUGACUCCAUUGAGGAAUACAGUGAAAUUGGAAGUCAGUAGCAGUUUGGACUUUCAAAGCAUGCCAACGUUUUUAAAGACAGUGAGGAGCUCAACAUAAACAGAGAAAAGGAGCCCAGCAUGCCGCCGCUCGGAGGGUGUUGAUUGAAAACUUCGAUCUUGCCCCACACCAUUCACGGUUGAUUUGACGUAUUUCUCACCUCGUUCACAGAACGUAUUUCAGUUAAGGUCCCUUUAGAUGCAAUAUAAGAGAGCAGAAGCCUCAAAAAGGUUAAUGCCUGAAUUAACCUAUCUUCAAUAAAAGAGAAAGCUAAGUGGUGAAGCCCACAGACACCUCAAACCUGGAUUCCACAAUUCUGAGUUAAACUCUGGAGAUUUUUUAACUCUGCUGUAGGAAAGCCUUUGCCAAUGCUUACAAGGAACUGUUUAUCCCUGCUUCUCUGGGUCCUGUUUGAUGGAGGUCUCCUAACAUCACUUCAGCCACAGCCACAAAAGUCUUUAGCCACGGAACCGCGAAAAAAUGUCAUCCGCCUGCCAGGUCGAAGAGCACCUUUCCAACGCGUUAAACGAGGCUGGGUAUGGAAUCAGUUUUUUGUGCUGGAAGAAUACAUGGGCUCCGAACCUCAGUACGUGGGAAAGCUUCAUUCUGACUUGGACAAGGGAGAGGGCACUGUUAAAUACACCCUCUCAGGAGAUGGUGCUGGCACAGUUUUUACCAUUGAUGAAACCACAGGGGACAUUCAUGCCCUCAGGAGCCUGGACAGAGAAGAGAAACCUUUCUACACCCUUCGUGCUCAGGCUGUGGACAUAGAAACCAAGAAGCCCUUGGAACCCGAAUCAGAAUUUAUCAUCAAAGUACAGGAUAUUAAUGAUAACGAGCCAAAGUUUUUGGAUGGGCCUUAUGUUGCAAGUGUUCCAGAGAUGUCUCCUGUGGGUGCGUAUGUGCUCCAGGUCAAGGCCACAGAUGCAGAUGACCCGACCUAUGGAAACAGCGCCCGAGUCGUUUACAGCAUUCUUCAGGGACAACCUUAUUUCUCUAUUGAUCCCAAGUCAGGUGUUAUCAGAACUGCUUUGCCAAACAUGGACAGAGAAGUCAAAGAACAAUACCAAGUACUCAUUCAAGCCAAGGAUAUGGGAGGACAACUGGGAGGAUUGGCUGGGACAACAAUUGUCAACAUCUCUCUCACCGAUGUCAACGAUAAUCCACCUCGAUUCCCCAAAAGCAUUUUCCAUCUGAAAGUUCCUGAGUCGUCUCCUAUUGGCUCGGCUAUUGGAAGAAUAAGGGCUGUGGAUCCUGAUUCUGGAAAAAAUGCAGAAAUCGAGUACAACAUCGUGCCAGGAGACGGUGGAAAUUUGUUUGACAUUGUCACAGAUGAGGAUACCCAGGAAGGAGUCAUCAAACUCAAAAAGGCUUUAGACUUUGAAACGAAGAAGGCGUAUACUUUCAAAGUCGAGGCGUCCAACCUUCACCUGGACCACCGCUUCCACUCCGCCGGCCCCUUCAAGGACACAGCCACGGUGAGGAUCAGCGUGCUGGACGUGGACGAGCCGCCGGUCUUCAGCAAGCCGCUUUACACCAUGGAGGUGUACGAGGACACCCCGGUGGGGACCAUCAUCGGCGCGGUCACCGCGCAGGACCUGGACGUGGGGAGCAGUGCUGUCAGGUACUUCAUAGAUUGGAAGACUGAUGGGGACAGCUACUUUACAAUAGAUGGAACCGAAGGAACCAUCGCCACUAAUGAAUUACUAGACAGAGAAAGUACUGCGCAGUAUAAUUUCUCCAUUAUUGCGAGUAAAGUUAGUAACCCAUUGUUAACCAGCAAAGUCAACAUUCUCAUUAAUGUCCUAGAUGUCAACGAAUUUCCUCCAGAAAUAUCUGUGCCAUAUGAGACAGAUGUUUGUGAAAAUGCCAAACCAGGACAGAUAAUUCAGAUAGUCAGUGCUGCAGACCGAGAUCUCUCACCCGCUGGACAGCAAUUCUCCUUUAGAUUAGCACCUGAGGCUGCCAUCAAACCAAAUUUUACAGUCCGUGAUUUCAGAAACAAUACAGCUGGAAUUGAAACCCGAAGAAAUGGAUACAGUCGCAGGCAGAAAGAGCUGUAUUUCCUGCCUGUGGUAAUAGAAGACAGCAGUUACCCGGUCCAGAGCAGCACAAAUACCAUGACUAUCAGAGUCUGUAGAUGUGAUUCUGAUGGUACCAUUCUGUCUUGUAACGUGGAAGCAGUUUUUCUACCUGUAGGACUUAGCACGGGGGCUUUGAUCGCAAUCCUUCUAUGCAUUGUUAUACUUUUAGCCAUAGUUGUACUGUAUGUAGCUCUGCGACGGCAAAAGAAGAAAGACACCCUGAUGACCUCCAAGGAAGACAUCAGAGACAAUGUCAUCCACUAUGACGACGAAGGCGGCGGGGAGGAGGACACCCAGGCCUUUGACAUCGGGGCUCUGCGAAAUCCAAAAGUGAUAGAAGAGAACAAAAUUCGCAGGGAUAUUAAACCAGACUCUCUGUGUUUGCCACGUCAGAGACCACCAGUGGAAGAUAACACAGACAUAAGGGAUUUCAUUCACCAGCGGCUACAGGAAAACGAUGUGGACCCAUCUGCACCACCCUAUGACUCCUUGGCCACGUACGCCUACGAAGGCCACGGAUCUGCGGCUGAGUCGCUCAGCUCCAUAGACUCUCUCACCACCGACGCUGACCAGGACUACGACUAUUUGGCUGACUGGGGACCUCGCUUUAAAGUCUUGGCAGAGAUGUUUGGCGAAGAAGAGAGCUAUAACCCUGAUAAAGUCACUUAGGGGUGAGGUGAAAGCUACACAACGAACGGGGGAAGUUUUUAACAAAGAAAACACAAAUAGAGCUCACAUACAUGUACCCAUGUGCACACAGGCUUUAUAGGACAAGAUUCAUUAUCUGGUUUCUAGCGAGUUGCUAUAUUUAUCACAUUGUCAGUUCUUCAGUUUUGGUUUAUUCUGUCAAUGCAAGAUAAAUGCUAUAAUAUACACUUGCUUUGUUUUGUUUUGUUAUUUCAGAAACUCACUGAGACAAGCUCAGGCCUAUUAUGUACAAUUUUCCGACAUGACAACCUAGAAUGAAGAUAGCUCUGUGGCAUCACGGUGGAAGGGUGUUAGAUUUUUCUUAAUUCCACUAAAGUGCCUAUUGAACCUCUUAUCAUUUAAAGUGGUGUACACUACACUCUGCCGUGAUGGCAUUGCGGGAUACACAGAUAAAGAGGAAUAAAACAAAGACACCUUCUCUUUGUCAAGGAGCAAUAGCAGCAUGCUGACUUCUCUCAUUCCUUUUGAGAAAUACAGAAGAGCACUUCCUGAACACCAUCUUUGUGUAAUUCAAGAGGCUUUUCCCCUUUAAACUGUAUGCUGAGACACAUUUGUUUUUGGUAUACUUUCAGAAAAUUGAAAUCAAUGUGACAAUAUCCAAUUCAAUAUGGAAGUGAUGAAUUCUAAAAGCACUGUUUGAUCUUAACAUUAGUUCAUGUGAAAGAUGUGUAUUAAAAUAUUACUUUUUUUUCCAAAAACUAAACAUUUGAAAACAUAAAU